AUGGCUUCCGGUUCUGCAUUCAGUUGUGCCGUGAAAACCUUGCAAAAAGAGCUAAAGGAAUUAAAUGAAUACCCUGUAGAGGGAUUCCGAGUUAAUCUUGCUGAUGAAAAUAGUCUUUUUGUAUGGGACGUCGCAAUAUUUGGUCCGCCACAAACUCUCUAUGAGGGUGGAUACUUUAAAGUAAUUCUUAGUCUGAUCUUUAUUAUGUUUCAUCCAAAUAUCUAUGAAAAUGGUGAAGUAUGUAUUUCCAUUCUGCACCCUCCUGAAGAUGAUCCGCAUAGUGGUGAACUUGCAUCAGAGCGAUGGAAUCCCACUCAAAACGUGAGUGUUAUAUCUCUUUUGAAUGAACCGAAUAUAAACUCCGCCGCCUAUGUGGAUGCUUCCGUUGCUUAUAGAAACUGGAAAGAAUCAGGAGGAAGAGAAAAAGAAUAUGAGACUACUGUAAGGUCGUUUGUCGAGUUGUCCCAGGCUGAAGCUGUACGGGAUGGCGUCCAGGUUCCCCGUACUAUCGAAGAAUACUGCCAGCUUGGCCGAUCCAAUCAUGAGAAAUCAAAAGUCGAUAACAAUGUACUUAACGAUAGAGGAUUUGCUGAUUUUGUCGAAGAUGAUGAUGAUUACUGUUUUUGCGUAGAUGACGAUGAUUGUGAGCUUGAUGCUGAUGAAGAUGAGAUAUGUCGGGAUAAAUUUGUAGAAAGGCAGAUUCUCUCAGGUGAUGCCCUUGAUAGUACCCCUGAGGAGCAGCCGGUGCAUUCGAUUAGCUUGUCUUUUGGUGAAAUCCCUCUAAAAAAGACUGUAGCUGAGUCUGGCAAUACUUACUGUGGCGGUCGAGAGGGUACAUUGGCCAAAGAGGGAAGUCAUUAG